CGAAGAAAAGCUGGAACGAUUGAGCUCAAUCGUUUAUCUCCACACAGAGUUUUGAAAAAGUGAAUCAACACAAUUAAUAGAAACUACCAGAAAUCGUAGCGGAGUCAGUGCACCCAGCCCAGCAUUCAAGUGUUGCAAUGAGUAGAAUCGAAUCAGAUCGGUCAGACGGAAGCAAUCACAAACGAAGAAAAACGUACCAUUCUGACCAUACCAGCGAGGAGACAAAUUUGAUAAAUUUUUCUUUUCUGAACCAUAAGCACGAGUUGAAUAAAGUGCUGAACGGUACACGAACCAGAGACCUAUUGGUCAAAGAUCCGAAAGAUUUUUGGCUAUUUUUGGGAAAGUACGAAAAUCUCCUUAAGCGUAGUGGCCAAUGUAUUCUACCAAUACCGGUGGCAACGGGUGACAAUGAAGCAUCCAGCAGUUUUAACAAAUCGUUUUUCACGUGCAUCAAACUAUGUACUCCGUUCGAAGAGUUGUUGGGUAGAUUGCCGAGUUAUCAACGAUCGGAAGUGACCGAACUGAAAUUGGGACAAUUUUUACAAAUUGUCACCCACUACUUGGACUUUAAGCAGAAGGAACGGUUUACGAAACUGAAAAAAUUGAGGAAAACUCAGGCCAACUUGCCGGUCGCUCAAUUUAGAAAUGAAAUUGUGUCAGCUGUAAGAGAAGAACAGGUGGUGUUCAUUGCAGGCGACACUGGUUGCGGUAAAUCGACGCAAAUUCCUCAGUUUCUACAUCAGGCGGGAUUUCAGAGCAUAGCUUGUACUCAACCGAGACGUAUCGCUUGCAUAUCGUUAUCGAAGCGCGUGUCCCACGAAAUGCUUUGCGAGUAUGGGACGAAAGUCGGUUUUCAAAUUCGCUUUGAACGGAGUAAGAGUUUGAAAACGAAAAUUCUUUUCAUCACCGAGGGUCUGCUUUUGCGACAGCUGUCAAAUGAAUCCAGUUUGUCCCAGUACGAUGUCCUGGUUCUUGACGAAGUUCAUGAACGUCACUUGCACGGGGAUUUUCUUCUCGGAGUUGCAAAAUGUAUACUGAAACAACGACCGGAACUCAAACUGGUCCUGAUGAGUGCAACGAUCAACAUAAAACUGUUCAGCGACUACUUUGCCGAAGAAAAUGCUCGAGUCAUUGAGGUGCCCGGUCGUUUGUAUCCGAUCAAAAUGCACUAUAUGCCGCAAGUGCAAGAUAGUGCUGGUAGUAGCCGACAAAGCAAAAGCAAUCGCAUAAGUCCGGAACCGUUCAUCCAGAUCAUGCAAUUGAUUGACAACAAGUAUCCGCCGACAGAGAAGGGCGAUCUGUUAAUAUUCAUGAGCGGUUUGAAUGAGAUCACAUCGGUGGUCGAUGCUGCCAAAGAGUAUGCCGAGAAGAGUAACAAUUGGAUCAUAUUACCGUUGCACAGCAGUCUAAGUAUUGCCGAUCAGGACAAGGUUUUCGACUAUCCACCGGAUGGUGUUCGUAAGUGUGUCAUUGCCACCAAUAUUGCGGAAACUUCCAUCACUAUAGACGGCAUCCGAUUCGUAAUCGAUUCCGGGAAGAUGAAAGAGAUAAGCUACGAUCAAGCAUCGAAAAUGCAACGUUUGAAGGAAUUCUGGAUAUCAAAGGCAUCGGCCGAUCAACGAAAAGGACGUGCUGGACGUACAGGUCCUGGUGUGUGCUAUCGCCUGUACAGCCAAAAAAUAUUCGAAGAAUUCGAUGAAUUUUCAACGGCUGAAAUCAAUCGAGUACCUCUGGAAUCGCUGCUACUGCAAAUGAUCUCGAUGGGCUUACCGAAUGCCAGACUAUUUCCGUUCAUCGAACCUCCGCCGGCUGAUAGUUUAGAGCAGUCGAUUUACUCGUUGAAAAAACAUGAUGCUCUAACGCAAGACGAAAAACUUACACCUCUCGGACAAACGCUAUCUCGAUUGCCAGUGGACAUUAGCAUCGGCAAAAUGCUACUGAUGGGAUGUGUGUUCCAGCAGCUACAGCCGGUUUUAACUUUAGCAGCAGCCCUUAGUGUACAGACACCGUUUACGAAUCGAGCUUUUCGUGAUCCAGAAUGUGAGCGAGCUCGAAAGGACCUGGAAUCCGAUCACGGCGAUCCGAUUACCGUUCUGAACAGCUACAAAGAAUGGCUGGAAUUGAAAAAUGCGGCGUUCAAUCGUGACCACGUCGAAAACACAAAGACUUGGUGCCGUCGUCGUGGAUUGGAGGAGCAACGAUUCUACGAAAUAACAAAGCUGCGAAAUCAGUUCCAGGACCUGUUGAACGAUUGUGGACUAACGGAAAUGGUGGACACCAGUCAAAUGAGCAGCGGCGAACGGGCGAUACGGCACGGAGAAUUACGUCAAUUGAAGGAAUUGAGACGUGCGCAUAAAAUGGAGGCGCCGAAGAAACGAAAACUGCUCAAGUCGGAUACAUGGGGCUUGGACGGUGAGGAUCACGACGAUAAGACGGUCGAUAUACGGGACGUGGAGUUUCGUUUGAGUCAUGAUUCGUCAAAGAUCAAUAAUCUUCUCCAAGGCUCAACGGCCUGUUCCUAUCGUGACCUGAUGACAUUGAAACUGAUAUUGAUCAGCGGACUGUAUCCUCAAAUUGCAAUUCCAGACGAAUUCAACUAUUGCAAGAGUCCGAGUCAGCAGUUCUACCAUACCGAACACAAACCGUUCGCCUGCCUCCAUCCAAUGGGUUUCUUCGCAAAUAAUCCGGCAAUGCUGCAACUAGCCGAACCGGAUAUCAUCGAAAAGUCCGGUUCGUAUAAGUCGAAGCUGCCGUUGAGUUCACGCCAUCAGCUACUGUGUUAUUUGUCCCUGUUGGAAACCACAAAACCGUAUCUCAUGAACACGAUGCGUUUGCCGGCUGCGCAGACCUUGAUGCUGUUUGCCCAUUCAAUUGAAACGAAUUCGACGUUUUCUAGAAUAAUCUGCGAUUCUUGGCUGUGUUUGGACUUUCCUUUGCACGAAUCGGGGCAGACAUUGCUACUGAAAGCGUCGAAUUUACGGAGACAAUGGAACAAAUGUCUCGCCACGAAAUUGGACGCGAUGAAAGAUAACGUCGAAAAUGCAUUAGACAAGGGACAAAAGACGACAUCGAAUCAGUUGAUCGAAAGAGAAUUGUGGCAUAAUCUGGCAACGUAUAUGAACAGUGAAAUACCGUACACCAUUAAGCGGCUGCUACCAGCGGAUCUUAAAACGUUGUACGAUACAUCAAGCAUUCCCGAAAGUGACUUACUGGACGGAGUGAACCCAUUCGCAAAUGACUUCAAGUGUACGGUAAAUUCGAACAAGGGCGGGAUUUUCCUUACCGAAAACAUUUGCUAUGGAUGUGUCAAGGAAACCGACUGGAGCAUCGAAAUGGCCAAUGAAAUUGUUUCCACCGUUUGGGAGUGCCCAAAUUGUCAUAGGCCCUUCAACAUAACCGGAUUGCAAAGAUUACGGCACACUUUGGAAUGCAAACCUAUGGACGAACAGACGACAGUCGAUGCGAAUGAAAAUAGUUCAGUCGUUGCAGGACCGUCAAGCGGCAAGGAAUUCGUUUGCAAUGUCUGUAACAAGAAAAUGUACCUGAAAAGUAUUGACAUUUUGAAGCAUAAGAAAACGUGCAAAUAGAAGUGUUUUCGGUUGUUUUAUUUUGUG